AUGGAGACGAUGAAGGAGAUUGCAGUAAAUGUAAACGGUAAAGGCGCCAUGGAGCUGGUGACAACAAUUCGUCCAAUGAAAGAUGGUAAAGUACCGAAAGAUCGCGAUAUUGUUUAUACGAGUGGAGAAGAUGGUGUUCUGUAUGUGACGGAUCUACUUACUGAGAACAUUGUGUAUCAAUCGGAAGUGUGCGAAGGUUUUGUGCCAUCCUUUGCCGUGACGCCCGAUCAGAAUCACGUCCUCAUUGCAUCAGAUGAUGACACUAACGUGGCAUCCUAUAGCCUUCCGCCUGAUUGUCAGUUGGAGCAACUAUUGCGUCGCUCUACAGUAUCGAUCCGUCAAGUCGCAUGUUCCACCAAGUACAUCGCAAUUGCAGAUGAAGAGCCUGUAGUGCGACUGCUAUUACGCGAUGACACAGAACAAGUAAUUAUGGCUGAAGGAGCUACUGGAAUAAUUAAGAGCGUGGUUAUAGAUCCGCAAGAAAAAUAUCUUUGCGUUAGUAGCGAGGAUGCAACGGUGCGAGUCUUUGCAUUGGAUGCAGAGAAUCAGCGUGCCACAAAUGUCAAGACUUUUCAAAUAAAGCACGAAGAUCUUAGAAAAGACGACGUGUUACUACGCUGUGCAUGGGAACCAAGUGAUUUUGGAAAGCUGCUAGCAGUGCCAAUGGAUAAAGGAAUUAUAGAGCUUUACGAACGGGAUACUUGGGUUUCUGUAUCUAGAUUAAUGUUGCCGAUUGGCAAGAGUAUUGCUGCUGAUGUGGACAUUCUGGCUUUUUCACCAAAUGGUCAGUAUUUAGCUGCGGUUACAUGUGCAAAAGAAGUGUUUGUAUGGGAACUGGCGACGCAGCACGUGUUGCGAUCGUUUCGAAUUGACUAUCCAGCGCUUGGUCUGCAAUUUGCUAACAAGAGCAAUUCACUGGUGCUUUAUCACACUGGUGGAAAACUAGCGUUUGUAAAAGAGGUCAUACCAGCAGGAAACACACCACCACAGCAUCUUGCCGGACACUUUAGUACAGUAAAGAACGUUACAAAGCUUUCAAAGAAACAACAAGGGUCUUCCUUUGCUGAAAUUGAGGCAGUUAAAGAUCAGAAUUACGACGACGAGAAUAAAAGUUUUGAUGACGAUAAUGAGGCGCGGGUCGAAGCGAUCAAAGCUAGUUUUGGCUUUGGGAGCGCUGCUAAAGAAUAUCAUAUAGAAGAUGUAAACGUUCCAAAAGGAGCUCAUACAGCCAUAAAGUCUGACCCUGACAAAAUGACUCCCUUGCACAGUAUCAUCGAGCCUUUUCAGCCUGGAAGCGUUCUCAAUUCUACUGGACGCAGUAGCAGUGCUACGUCGUUACUCGCCUGGACGCCUGAAGGAGAAAUUGAAAUGCUUCGUGGAGCCAGCAUGAGCGAGAACCUUGUGAAAGUUGAAUUUAUCGACAAGUCUCGCCGUGGAUUCAAAUUUAACGACAAUUAUAUGUUUUCCAUGGCCUUUUUGGACCAUUAUGGCGCCGUCUUUGCCGUUCCUCGACGUGUGCGUGAAGAUUGGGAAGACCUUGAACCUGACUCGAGCGAAAGUGACGUAAUCGGUAGUUUUGUUUUUUAUCGCCCAUUUGAAUCUUGGGCGAGCAAUAGCUCAUGGCACAAAAUGUUACCUGAAGGCGAAGAUGCCGAAUGCGUGGCUGCAGGUCGCGAGUUUUGUGCAGUUGCGACGUCACUCCAAACACUUCGCAUUUACACAACCAGUGGCAUAGACUAUGCGCAAUGGCGUCUACCUGGUCGCGUUGUGACAAUGACAGCUAGGGAAUCGCUACUAGCUGUAGUGUACCAGGGGUUGUAUGGACAGAUACUGUACCAGCUUGUUCGUAUCCACGUAACUUCAUCUUGUGAGCGGGUUCAACUGGUCUCAAAAGGGGAAUUGCCAAUGACUCCGCCAUCUCGGGACGUUUUUGCUUCGCACAAAGAAAACGAGAAUUUACGAAACGAUCUUUCAAAGUGGUCGAAGUUGACCUGGCUUGGAUUCGACGAUCGACUGAUUCUAUACGCAGUUGAUUCAUUUGCUUGCAUACUAGCAUUAUCGUCUUGUACGGGAUGGAAUUGGUUUCCAAUUGGUUGUGUGGGCAACGCACUGCAGAAGAAACCUAGUGACCGUCACGGUAUCUUUACGCUGGGUAUUGUAAAUGAUUCGUUAUUGUAUUUUCCUCUUGAGAAAGGUGCUAAUUAUCCAAAGCUUCGUGGGGCACAUCGGCCUGUUCCUAGUACAUUUCCACUGCGAACAGCAAGCUUCCCCACGACAUCCAAGAAGAACGAAGAAGCUGCAAAUGGCUACAUGUGGCAAAAUAUGCGGCUUUCUGGUUUAGAAGUCAUCGCAAACGAAGUGAAUGCUGAUGAAAUUACUGAUCAGGUCGUGCGCGAACAGGCGGAGAUGGACAAGGCUUUAAUUUUGAUGAUGAAAACGGCAUGUUCGAAUGAUGAGCCUGCGCGCGUACUUGAUUUAGCCAGAUGUCUACAUCUUGAAAAAUCUCAUCAGAUUGCGCAGAAACUUGCGAUUCACUAUUCGCUACGCCAGCUGCAAUCGCAACUUUACAAUCUGUACCAUUUGAAAUUCGAAGAACCUCGAAGACUGGAGCAAGAGUCGCAACGUCGACAUCAACCACGUCAGAGAUUACAUUCCCAUAACCAGGAGAUAAAUGCUGAAUCACACGAGGUCGAGCCUUUACGUCAAUCACGCAGCGUCUUGUCUCGACCUCCAUCACAUUCUUCACAUGAUCAAAAGCACGAUGACACUCCACCAUCUCACAACGUCACAACGCCAAGCUUAUCCGAGCCAGCAAAGGCUGAAAUGAAUAGUGGUGCUCAUGUAGAGAAGUCCGUUGCGCCAACAAAUCCGUUCUUGAAGAAGCCUGAUACUUCUGCAGCGUCACCUUCUGGAAAGAAAUCGGGACUGCAGCGGUUGGCUAAAUUUGCGUCGCCACCACCGGUCAAGAAACGUCGAUCAGCGUGGAAAAAGUAG